GUUAGAUAUUUUGUAAAAUUAUUCCCCUGCAUGUGGUGUAGUGCCAAUGUGAGUGCCUAAAAGAAAGAUGGAAGAAAAGGCCAGUUAGGUGGGGGUCCAAGAUGACAAUAAUCUCCUAAAUAUGAUGGCAAUGGAGGUGGACUUUUGUUAGAACAGUGGUCAAGCAAGGUAAAAUAUUGCAUUUGGAUAGAAAAAAACCAUAAACAUUUCCCCAACAUUUCAAACUUUGAACACAAUGAUUUUAUUUUGCAACCACCCUUUUGACUAUCCAUGGAUCAGCUGACACCACAUUUCAAUCCUUCAUUAAACAAUCUAAAGUUUUAUCAACUUUCAACAAAGAUUCCAAAACAAUAAUUCUUUUAGCAUGUAUAAACUUCCUUCUUUCAACCCCACCAAGCCACCUACCAUCGCUGCUCAAAAGAGUCCAAUGUCCUUCUUACUUGCUUAUCAAAGUGUGCUGUUUUGCUUUUUCUUUGAUCGGUUUUAGCUUCUGUUGUAACUUUUAGCACCAAUGGCAGCAAAAGAAAGUGGGUAUUGUGUUAGAUUUUGAUUAAAGGUCGUGUUUUUGAGUGCUUAAUGUGGAGAAAGAAGAUAAAUUUGGUUUCUUUAUUACCCACAUAACAUGGGCUUUACAUGUUCACUGAGCUGCGUUGUUUCUUUUUUCUCUACUCUUCACUUUCUGCUAUUUGCUUUGAUGUUUGAGAAAUGAGAGAUCUUGAAAUGGGGUUGAAGUUGGCUCUCCUGUUGAUAGAAAUUUCUGUAAUUAUCACUGCUUUCUCAGUUAAUGGAUCUGCAGUAACAUUUGCAUUACCUCCAAGGAGACUGCCACAAAACUCAUUUCCUGUUCACUCUGUCAGGCCUGGCCAAGCGCCAUUGAUGCCACAAGACCACACUUUCCCUCCAAAGGUUAGUCCUUCCAAUUAUGGAAGGAAACGACAUGGAGAGAUGCAUGCACCGUCUAAAAAAGCAUACCAUAUUUCAUCACCUGUGGACUAUUCUCCCUCUAUUGGAAACCUCAAAUCUGGCCAUUCACAUCAUUCUAUAAGGCCUUCAAGUAUUGCUCUUGCGCCUUCGAUGCCAUCUUUCAGAGAUCCUCCAAAGAAAUGGUUGCAUGGCCCUGCUUCUGGACCAUCUUAUUUUAUUCCUUCUGCCACUAACAGAUGGCAAGGUCCUUCAAUCUCCCCGUUUCAUUCUCCCUUUGCAUUGGCACCAAGCUGGAGUUCACAUGCCCCCGCAGCAUCGGAGAUAAUUCCAUCAGGCCACUUUAGUAUGCCCUUUCUUCAGCCUACAGUUUCUCCUAUGAGCUCUUUCUACAAGAAGAAGAAGGCUCCGUCACCAUCUAUAGUUAUGACUCUACCACCUCCUCCUCCUAACGGAGAUUGUGCCAUGGUGACAUGCACAGAGCCACUGACCUACACACCGCCUGGGUCAGCAUGUGGCUGUGUGCGGCCAAUUCAAGUUAAGCUUCGUCUUGGCAUUGCGAUAUACACAUUCUUCCCUCUGGUUUCAGAGCUAGCUGAGGAAAUUGCAGCAAGUGUUGGACUAAAUCAUAGCCAAGUUCGGAUUAUGGGGGCAAAUGCAGCUAGUCAGCAGCUGGAGAAAAGCACAGUCCUCAUCAAUCUAGUCCCACGUGGAGUAAAAUUUAAGGAUACUACCGCCUUUUCAAUCUACAGAAAGUUUUGGAAGAGACAAAUGUCCAUAAAAGCUUCCCUAUUCGGUCCCUAUGAAGUAUUAUAUGUCCGAUAUCCAGGUCUUCCACCCUCCCCACCUUUAGCACAAUCAGACAUUUCUAGUACAAAUGAUGGACCAUAUGAUAGUGGCGAUAACAGUGGACAAGCAAUAAAACCAUUAGGAGUUGAUAUCCCCAGGAGGAAAAAAGGUGGGCUUAGCAGAAGCAUGAUUGUUGUAAUUGUCCUGUCAUCUUUCACAGCUUUUGUUUUAUGCUGUGGAAUAGCUUGGCUUUUGCUAUUAAAAUGUGGAGCAUCCAAACAAAAUCCUCAUGCUUUCAUAUCCUCUCCUUCAAAACCAUCAGGGGCUCUUGAGUCUAGGAAAUAUCGAAGCAUGCUCAGCUCUUCAUCAAUGUCCUUCAAUUCUAGUACAGUGACAUACACAGGGUCUGCUAAGACUUUCAGUUUUAAUGAUAUAGAGAGAGCAACUGAUUGUUUUGAUCAUUCAAAAGUACUUGGAGAAGGUGGUUUUGGGGUUGUCUAUAGAGGCAUUUUAGAUGAUGGAAGAGAGGUGGCUGUGAAGGUUCUGAAGAGAGAUGAUCAGCAUGGAGGCCGAGAGUUCUUAGCAGAAAUUGAGAUGCUUGGCCGGCUGCACCACAGAAAUUUAGUUAAACUUAUUGGUAUUUGCAUAGAGGACCAUACCAGGUGCCUAGUCUACGAACUAGUUCACAAUGGAAGUGUUGAAUCACAUUUACAUGGAGUUGACAAGGUAAAUGGUAAACUUGAUUGGGAUGCUCGAAUGAAGAUUGCCCUUGGUGCAGCUAGAGGCUUAGCCUACUUGCAUGAGGACUCUAGCCCUCGUGUUAUACAUCGAGACUUCAAGUCCAGCAACAUCUUGUUGGAACAUGAUUUUACACCUAAAGUUUCUGAUUUUGGAUUAGCUAGGGCAGCAUUGGAUGAGGGAAACAAACACAUCUCAACACAUGUUAUGGGAACUUUUGGUUACCUAGCUCCGGAGUAUGCAAUGACUGGUCAUCUUCUAGUAAAAAGUGAUGUUUAUAGCUAUGGUGUAGUCCUCCUUGAGCUGCUAACUGGAAGGAAGCCUGUGGACUUGUCACAGCCACCAGGUCAAGAGAAUCUUGUUGUGUGGGCUCGUCCUCUCCUCACAAGUAAGGAGGGUCUAGACAUUAUCAUUGAUCCAUUCAUAAAGUCUGAUAUCUCUUAUGAUAGUAUUGCCAAAGUAGCAGCAAUUGCAUCAAUGUGUGUGCAGCCUGAAGUAUCUCAUAGGCCAUUCAUGGGUGAAGUUGUCCAAGCAUUAAAACUAGUGUGUAACGAAUUCAAUGAAACAAAGGAGAUAGGAUCAAAAGGUCUUGGUGAGGACUUCUCGAUCAAUGUAGAUAGUAAGAUGAAUAGACUUUCAGGUAAGCUGUCCGAAGUUUCAGAGGCCUGUCAGAUGCCAUCUGGCUUUGGAAUUGGUCGUGACAACAAUGUAGCGAUAUCAGCAUCAGAGUUGCUGAGUAUGCCAUUGGGACCUGAGCGACAGAACUCCGGGUCUUUUAGGAGGCACUCUAUUUCAGGCCCUCUAAGAACAUCAGGAAGGCAUUUCUGGCAAAGAUUAAAAGGUUUAUCUAGAGGAAGCAUGAGUGAGCAUGCAUUUUCAUCCAAAUUUUUGCAAAGAUCCCAUUAAAAUUUUGCUGAUAUCUCCCGAAGAAAAUUAGAAUUACUUCUGCAAGUAUCUUGAGCAAUGCGUCACAAUUGGCUUCUGUUCUCUCAAACCAGCAAUGAAGUAAUUAAAAUUUGAAGCAUGAGUUGCAGUGGGGAGAUCUUUCGAAUCUUUUAUAAAAUUUUCAUCUUUUUGAGGUGGUCUGGUUUUUAGCAAAACACUCAACUUUCUUUUGGUCAUUUCAAGAGUUGCUUCAUCAAUAAUUUAUAAUAUUCAUCUGUAAAAUUUAUUAACCUCCUAUGUAAACAGACACAAGGCCUAUUUUUUGCAGCAUAUAAGCAUAUUUAUUGAGCUUCA